AGUAUGUAGAUCAAGUGCUCUGGAGGGGGAAAGGAGAGGAGAGAGAGAAUGUGUGAGUGACUGAACAGUCUAGCCCCACCAGGUUGGCUUGUGGUUCAUUCUUCAGAUUUCUUUGUGGGGGUGGCAUCUAAAUUUGCAGCCCACCAUUAUCAUCAUGAUAGUCUGGAUACUCGCUGCUCUCAGCUUCAUUCAAGCUGCUGAAGUAACAGAAAACAAGAUUUUGGUGGAACAGCCGCCUCGAAUCAUGGCAUUUAAUAAAAAUGCUACCUUGGCUUGCAAAUAUGCCUAUAAUGGAACUGGGAACGAAUUCAGAGCAUCACUGAAUAAAGGAACAGACAGAGCAGUUGAAGUCUGCUCUGUUUCCUGGAAUGGUUCCUUCCACAACCAUCAUUCAAAUAAAGAAUUCAACUGCCUUGUGGCAGUUGAUAGCCAUACAAAGCAAGUGAAUUUCAGUCUUUGGAAGCUGAAUACCGACCAAACAGAUAUUUACUUCUGCAAAAUUGAGGUCAUGUUUCCACCUCCUUACAUCUACAAUGACAAGAGCAAUGGGACCGUCAUUCAUGUGGCAGAGAUGCUCCUCCAAUCACCAGAAAUUGAAUCUGCAACACCCUUCUGGGCUCUGGUGGUGACUCUUGGAUUUCUGGCUUUCUACAGUGUGCUAAUAACUGCAGCGUUUGUUAUCUGCUGGUGGAAAAACAAGAGGAACAGAAUCCUGACGAGUGACUACAUGAACAUGACGCCACGCCAUCCUCCUGGCCCAAAGAAUAAGCAUUACCAACCCUACGCGCCAACUCGGAUACACACUGAAUACCGUUCUUGGGAACCAUGACUAUCUGCUUACCAAGCUGCUAAUACCCCUGGUGUGCUUUUACUCUGCCGUGUGCACUUGGACGUGAAAGGACAGCCUGCCAUUAGUUUGUCAUAUCUGUUAUAUUUGAUGACAUCUCUACAUCAUAGCAAGUACCGGUCAAACUUUAAUUGAUGCUGUGUAAAAGCAGGUUGUUUUCGCUGAUGGCUGAAAACUAGCUACAAUUCAUGUUCACGCUUGAUGGUGGGUAAGGGGGAAAGAUAACACUGGAUCCAGUACAGGGUAUAUUGUUCACUGUUGCAACUACUGAGCUUUCCCAAUCACUUUUGCCUUAUAUUGAACGUUAAUUUCUACUUAGAAGUAUGUUUGACUUGAAGAAUUAUAAAUCUCUGAAUCACAGCCCUAGUUGGUUACCAUUAAAUAUGGUACCAAGCAAACUGUUGAUGCAAAAAUUGAUCCCCUCUCACUUCAAAGAGGAGAACGCAGUUUCAAGUUCCAAACAUAUGCUUAAAAGAAUAGGGGAGGGUUUCAGCUGAAGGGAAAAGUCAGCUGCGAGCCAUGUGGACCAUUAGAUUAUUCCACAGGUGGGCUGUAAUGACAGAUCGAGCACACUUGAAAUCCACUAUACAUUAAAUGUGUGAUUCUUAAGUUCUUAAACUGGUAACUGUGUAAUAUUUGUAAGGGGAGAGGACCCCCUAUGAAACAAUUUCAUACAGUGAGAAGGCAAUCAACCUGCAAGGCAGGUCUGGAACAACAGGGGACGAAGAAAGAUCUGCAGUCAUCAUGAAGAGAACCCUUUUGCAUUAUGUUGGCCUACAACAAGGAAACACCAGGGCUUGGCCAAAGUCAUAGGAGAAGCAGGUGAUAAAAUCCUCAUUAGAGCUUACUGAGGGCUGAUUUUCAAAAGUGGGCCAGAUUUUUGAGUGCUCAGCACACACUAUCGGGGACCGAUUUUUAGCUGAGCUGAGAACCCAGUGUGCACACAACAUCUCCUGAAAAUCUGUCCAUGUAGUCUGGUGCCUACAUAGCAGCUGAGCUUUUUUUAAAAUCUGGCCACAAUGCUGAGUGAUCAGAUCAUUUGAAAAUUUGCUCCUAAACACCCUAUGAACUCCCUCAACUCCCACUGCAGUCAAGAGGAACUGAAAGCUCAGCACUUUGCAGGAGCUGUUCAGUACCUUGAAGGAUCAGGCUCUAACUGGGGCUUACUGUUCUUAUAUAGACUUUUCUCUUGGCAUGUUCCAUGGAGGAGUAAAACAAGGGCUAGAAUAAAACUUGUUCACUGAUUUUCAUGUGGCAUGUUGCCUUUAAUGAUGACUCCCAAACUGCAGUAGGGUCAGCUCAACACAAAAGCUACUCCCAAGCUUAGAAGAAGAGGUUCCUUUACUGGUUCUCUCCAUUCCUUCUAGAGCUGAGCAAAAGACAGAAUUUAUGUCCGUGUGAAAAUUCUGAUAAUUCUACAUUUGUUUUCGUCUUGAACCAGAACAAAAAGAUCCCUGGCUUCGAUCUUCCACAAAGCUUACGGGCAACCCUAAACCACCUCCGCACAAACCAUGGCAGAUGCGGAUACUUGAUACACUAAUGGAACUGUGCAGCUGAGGUCACCCAGAACAGUCCAUGGAACAUAAAACAAUUCAAUGCCUGAUUCACAAAUACAGAGGAGGCAUCACAGCAAUAUACUCCGCCACUCUUGAUGCAAUUACCAGACAACCACCUAAAUGUAAAAUUAUAGUUGUUGCUCUAUAGCUACACAUCAGCCAUAUGAAGAAGAAGGACAAAAAUCUGAAAUACCAAUUUUUUUCACAAAACAGAAAUUCCAAAAAAAUUUGAUUCAGAAAUGGUGAAACAGUCCAAGUCAACGUUUUCAAUAGAAAUGCAAUGUUUUGACAUUCCUGACUCAAAAUGUUUCAUUUAAUUUUGUUGAUCUGACUGGAAAUGCAUAGUUUUAGUCAGUUCAACAUUAAACUGCAUUUUCUUACAGAGCCACAUUGCCUCAUGGGAAUUUAGUUCAGGAGUCUGAUGCUCUUGUUCUCAACUAUGGACCAGGCUCUCUGGCUGGACUACAUUUCCCAUGAUACAACUGCAGUAAUGUGAGUCCCAUGGCAGACUACUCAGCUUGGUCAGAGAGGAGACAGUGUUGCAUCAUGGGAAAUAUAGUCAGGCCUGGGAGUCCAAUCCAUUGGGUGGAGCGGAGGCUGGAGGCAAACUCCGAGUCCCAUGAGCCAAUGCAGCAAAAUAGGAAAAUGCAGUUUAAUUUUGAACUGACUCAGAAUGAAACAUUUCUGGUCAGUUUAAUAAAUGGAAAUAUUCCAACUGAGGUUGAACCAACCCUGAGCUCAGUAUUUUGAUUUGGGUUCCAAAGGGAAGGGAAAAAAUCAGAAAUUCAGGAAAACUGAAAUUUUCCUACCGAAAAUAUUUUUGCAGAAAUUGCAUUUCCUGUCAGAAAAUCAUUCUGGCGGAAGCAGGUAACUCCAUUGUCCCGAGCGCAAAGCAGGAACUGUGCUGAGAUGCCGAGCGUCACAGUCUGGGCCCUGCUUCUUCCUUGUGCCAUGGGAGAAGUGAGCGGUGCCGCUCCUUUUGCUGCCACAGCCUACUUUGUCUCUCUGACCUAGUUCCAGUGCAGUGGCUGGUGCCUUGGGAGGGGUGGAGCCAAAGCGCUGCCCACCCCCUGCCUUCGCAGCCUGUCCACUCCCUUCAUGGAUGGGGGGAAUGGCAGGCCAGUGGCAGCUACCUGCCCCACUGUCUAGGGCCUAGCAAUUUGGGUGGCCUGUGCAGCGGAGUAAGGAGAUUCCUUACUCCCCUGCAGCAGAACUCAUACGUGAGUCCUCCAUGGCAAUUUUAUGGAUAUCAUCAUAUAAUCACUGACUGCGUCAUCUUACUGACCUUCUGAGCCACAAAUCACUGCCAAGGAUUUCAUCCUGUAAUUUAACAGAGUGCUGCAAUCAGAAUAUACUGUGAAAAUAACGUCUUCUACUCUGGCACAAGUAUAGCAGACAAAUAUGUACAGAAAGCAAAAAUACACAGGGGCAAAAAAUUUCUGGUUUAAAAUUGCAUAUGCAUUUCCAGACGCGAGAAGCGUGUAUAUUUCAUUGUGUCCCCAUGCCUUGGAGUUUUUACUGUACUUUUAUAAUCUUCUUUUAAAACUGUUAAAUAGAUGCUGUAAAUUAAAUUUUGAAUACGUUGUAA